AUGUCCCUCAUGCCCAUCAUGCGUUCUACCAGCUCAAUUUUCAAGAAUUUGAAACCCCUCAGCAGAAUAUCUUCUCAGGGUUUGCCUCAAUUACCAUACACACGCUCAUACCAGAUGUCGCUGGUUCCGUUUCUGAUGCGAGACUUUAUCCGCCAACUUGAACACCCGAGACACUACGACCACUACUUCGGGAUGCCUCUUACACCCUCCAUGUUGGAAGAACCCUUGAAACUGGAGCACGACGCAUCCAUUGUCAAUGAUGAGAAAAAUUUCAAGGUCAGUUUGCACGUGCGCCAUUACAAGCCUGAAGAUUUGUCAGUGAAGGUCGUCGACAACUUUGCGAUUGUCGAGGGACAGCACGAGGAGCGUCGAGACCACCACGGAUUCAUCUCUCGACAGUUCACUCGUCGUGUCCACCUGCCGGAGGAUGUCGACGCCAGUGCACUGCAGACUACGUUGUCUUCUGACGGGAUUCUGCAGCUGCACGCUCCUAAAAAACUCCAUGAGAAGAACGGCAGGAAUAUUCCGAUCACACAUACCAAUGCUCCAGCCAUCAAAGCAGCCGAACCUCAACCACAGCAGGAAGAGGAGAAGAAGUAAGACUAGAGGUCUAACCUCAAUAUUUUGUAAGACUGAUAGAAAUUAAUUUACUGUGUACUGCAGGAAACAGAUCAUGUUUGUUUCAUAUGUUAUUGUAAAUUUGUUCUGUAA